UCCAACAGUUCCAGCAGGACAUUCAAAAGAUCAGAAAUUCUCUCCACUCCAUGGUUGGACAAAGCAGUGUAGGUAGUAGUCAGCCAGUGAAGAAGCGUCGGACACUCAGUGUAGAAGACCAUGAAAAGAUUGCUGCAGAGGUCUGUGAUAUCAUACUGGGACACACCAGGGAGCGCUUUUCUUUCACAAACCACCUUGUUAGUGCCACACUCCUGCAGGGGGACAGAUUUGAACAAUACAACACAGCAUUUCCUGAAGAUGCACUGAGCAACACCUUAAAAGCCUYUCCAGUGGUCAAUCGAGGUAAGCUGAAGACAGAGCUUACUCUCAUCUACAGCAAGGAAGAGUUCAAAGCCUGUUGUGGUGCUGUGGGCCUACUCCAGCUGUUUAUGGAAAACAAUCUAGAAGAAGUCUUUUCAGAAACUGUCACGCUCUUGAAGAUCCUCAUCACCACACCCAUGACCACAGCAGAAGCUGAAAGGUGCUUUUCAACUCUGAAAAGAAUCAAGACUUUUCUGAGAAACUCAAUGACUCAGGACAGGCUGAAUGCAUUGGCCAUGUUGUCAAUGGAGAAAAGACUAGUCACAGAGAUGACUGACUUUAACAAGAAUGUAAUUGAGAAAUUUGCAGGGCAGAAGGAAAGGAGGGCAAAAUUCAUGUUCAAAUAGUGCUAUUUAAGAUUUGUUUUGUUUGUUUUUCAUUUGUUUGUUUGUGUGCGCCCCCCUCAGUUUUUUUAGCACCAGCCGCCACUG